CGUUCCGCUUCAGCGACUAUCUCUCAGUGUCUCAGCGAGAGAAAAUGGCGGAGCUCGAGAACGCAGAUGGGAAAGAAGAAGAACAAAAGGGACAGAAAGGAAUUUCCAGAGACGGAUCCGUCCAUGGCUUCGAAUCUCUCCAUCGCCUUCUCAGCGCCUCUCUCAAACCAGAGAUUUUCAAUGAAGUCAGCCGCAUGCUUCUAGGGCUGAACUGUGGAAGUGCUCUCAAAACAAUUGAUUUGCCCCCGUCUGCAAUUUCCCUCUCCUCAAAAUAUGAUUUUGAUGUGCAAGCUUUCUGCUUUCGUGCUGACAGAGAGUUGUUGCGGGAACCUCGAAUAGUUCGAGUCGGUCUCAUUCAAAACUCCAUUGUUCUUCCAACGACCGCACCAUUUUCUGACCAAAAGAAGGCCAUCAUGCAGAGGCUGAAACCCAUGAUUGAUGCAGCCGGUGCUUCCGGUGUCAACAUUCUAUGCUUACAAGAGGCAUGGACAAUGCCAUUUGCAUUUUGCACUCGUGAGAAGAGAUGGUGUGAAUUUGCCGAGCCUGUUGAUGGAGAAUCAACCCAAUUUCUUCAGGACCUUGCACGGAAAUACAACAUGGUUGUGGUGAGUCCAAUUCUCGAAAGGGAUGUUAACCAUGGAGAAACUCUGUGGAACACCGCAAUUAUUAUUGGAAACCAUGGCAACAUAAUUGGCAAGCAUCGAAAAAAUCACAUCCCUAGAGUUGGGGAUUUCAAUGAGAGCACGUACUAUAUGGAAGGAAACACCGGGCAUCCUGUCUUCGAGACUGCAUUUGGGAAGAUCGCAAUAAAUAUCUGUUAUGGAAGGCACCAUCCUUUGAAUUGGUUGGCAUUUGGAUUGAACGGUGCUGAGAUCGUUUUUAACCCUUCUGCCACCGUUGGAGAGCUCAGCGAGCCUAUGUGGCCAAUUGAGGCUCGUAACGCUGCUAUCGCGAACAGUUAUUAUGUUGCUUCUAUCAAUCGUGUUGGGACUGAGGUCUUCCCCAAUCCGUUCACUUCGGGCGAUGGGAAGCCUCAACAUGCGGAUUUUGGACAUUUUUAUGGGUCAAGCUACUUUUCAGCUCCAGACGCAUCAUGCACGCCAUCCCUCUCUCGGUGUAGGGACGGUUUGAUAAUAUCCGACAUGGAUCUCAACCUCUGUAGGCAGCUGAAAGAUAAGUGGGGUUUCCGAAUGACGGCCCGCUAUGAUCUGUAUGCAGAGUUGCUUUCCCAAUAUGUGAAGCCAGAUUUCGAGCCCCAGGUCAUUACAGAUCCCUCAUUACAGAAGAGACCUUUGUAGGUUGAUGUAAAUGAGGCACUGGUAAUAAAGUUUUCUAUCUGAAAGAAUUUGGUGAA